AUGUCCAACGGCUACGGCAGCUCGAUGCGCAAUGGCGACGGAUACGGCAACUUUGGGCGGACGACCGAUGACUACGAUCCGUACGGCGAUAAUAACUACAGAGGCGAGAGAUACAAUGCCCAGGUGUCAAACCAGAGCCUCCGAAAUAUGCCCUCGAGACCGCGCGUCCAGGAGACAAGCGCCGAGAGACAGAUAGCUCAGGUCCUGGAUCACAUCAAGAGCGAGUGGCCGUCCAUGUGCCGCGAGGAUUGCGUGCCUGUCCAGCUCGCGCUCCAGCUCCUAGAUAACAGCUCGGUCGGUCGCGCGCACGACUACCGCAAGUUCCAGACGACGCAUACGUAUCUCCAGGACUCGCUGAAGAACAUUGUCCAUGAGCAUCAUCAGGGCUUCAACAGCUCCAUCGGUACAUUUCACAAGAUCCAGAGUAGCAUUCAGGUCUCGCAGAAGCGAGUCCGCGCUCUCAAGGAGUCAUUGGCGCUAUCCAAGGCCAGCCUAUGCGCGACAGAUCCAACCUUGAAGAUUCUCUCCGAGGAGUCGAAAGAGUAUGACGAAUUAUUGCAAACGUUGAACGAGCUGGACGACCUUCGAGCCGUUCCUGACCAGCUGGAGGCCCGUAUAUCCGAGAAACGGUUCCUGACAGCGGUCGACGUGCUGCAGACUGCACUGCGAAAAUUGAGAAAGCCCGAGCUGGAUAAUAUCGGGGCGCUCAGCGAUCUUCGAAGCUACCUUGCCAACCAAGAAACUGUUCUUAUGGAUAUUCUGGUGGAAGAGCUGCACGAACACCUCUAUCUAAAGUCGCCGUACUGCCAGCAAAGGUGGUCAAGUUUGGCUAAGAACCGAGGGGGGGCCAACGAAAGCAAUCACAACGAGGCAAACCCCCCAACCACCCCAUUCUACUUAAUAUUAGACUCGAUUGAUUUUGAGAGGCCGGUGCUGGAAGAUCCAAUGAAGAACCCAGAGGCGGACACAUUCUACUACGUGACUCUAUUGGUCGAAGCGUUGAACAAGCUUGGCAGGCUGCAGAAUGCUGUAGAGACUUUGAAGCAGAGACUGCCUGUUGAGCUUUUCAUUGUCGUCAAUGAAACUAUCAACGAGGUUGAGCAGCGGCACCCAACUUCGUUCCGCGCCGCCGUCGGAAAGCUGGACGGCGUGCAAAUAUACAGCGCCCGGGAGAUCCAGAUGCGUGCAGACGUCAUUUAUGACCUCCUCUGGACGCUCUAUGGCAAAUUCGAGGCCAUCGGAGAAGGCCAGCGUGUCUUCCACGAGUCCAUCAAGGCCCUUAUUCGCCGCGAGGGUUCUGGCAAUAAUAUUGCCCUGCUCGGUAGCUUCAAGGAGCUAUGGCACCUUUACCAGAACGAGAUCCGGUCUCUUUUGCACAACUACGUAACGACAGAUGCCGACGUUUACCAAUUCGAUUCUCCUACGCCAGGGGCGGGUGUUGGCGGCAAAGACGGCAUGCGAGAGCAUCUGUUCAAAUUUUCCGAAGCAGAUACCAAGUCUAUCGAAGUAGCUGCAGAGUUUGAUGCGCUGGAGACCAUCAUUCAAGCUACUGUCCCCGGCUUGACGGGUGGUUCGCGAAAACACGGCUCCGAGAACAAGAGGAACAAGUCAACGGCUGAUGAUGUUGGAUCAAGGCGGAGUGCCUAUGGUGCCAAUCGGGGGGCGCCGGGCUCUUACAAAUCGUUGGUUGAGCCGAGCGUUUUCAACAUGAGUCUUCUCUUGCCACCAACCCUAAUCUUCCUACAACGGCUGAAAACCAUUGUUCCUCCCGGUUCCGAUCUUGCCACGAGCACUUUAACCACAUUCCUUGACAAUUUCUUGGUCAAUGUGUUCCAGCCGCAGCUGGAUGAGACUAUUGGAAAGCUGUGCGACGCCGUCUUUGGAGAAUCCGACUCGUUCUUACAGGAUCCUGACUGGAACCAAUGCUCCCAACGGCCUAUAUUCAAAGGCUCCACCGCAUUCUUUCAGGUAGUCACGGCGUUUUGCCGAAUGCUUGGAACCAUUCCUCCAGACCAAGCUUUGAGCUCUCUCAUAGUGACCCAAAUGAUGCGAUAUUAUGAUCGAUGCUUCAGCUGGUUUCAAUCCCUUGUGACGAAGAGGCACGAUCAGCCUGCCGAUUCAAGCAACUUGCGAGCAUCGGCACGCUUUUCGGUGCAAUCUAGUGAGGUCAACGACGUAGCAAAGCAGCUUUGGGCUGCAGAUGAGUUGGAUAGCGGAUUGAUGAGGAAAGAGAUGCAGCUUCUCAUACAGAAGACGAAUGGCCAGCGGCUGGAGGCAAACGACGUUAUUCAAGACCGAGACACAAUUUCAUCUCUGUGCCUCUUAUACACCAGCAUGAGAUGGCUAGCCGCGAAGAUUCAGAGCUUGAAGCACAUAACAUCGCAAGAGACGGAUACAUCACGGCAGCACCUCCCACGCCAGUCAGGCCAACGGUGGACAUUGAACGACCCAAGUAAGACUUCAGGGCAAAGUCCAGUACAGCUUCCUCUUACGAUAGAGAGUGCUCAAACAUUUGACACCAUCGUGUCUUCCUUUGAAGAACUGGCUGCUACGGCUCUGCUAACUUUACACAUGGAAGUACGCUGUCGGGUCAUCUACUCGUUACGCAACACUCUCUCGCCAGACUCAGCGCCGUACAUUCUGGAGCAGGAUGUGAACGAGCCUGAUCCUCAGAUUAUCAGUCUCAAUCAAGAGCUUGUUCUUUUGGAUGAGACUAUUGUGGAAUUCCUGAAAGACAAGGAAGUCAUCUUUAUACGGACCGGGGUUGGCAUUCUUAUCAACGCCUUUUUGGUCCAGAAUGCUUCCUUGGCCUCCCCCAUGAACGACAAAGGAUGCCAUCGCAUGCAACUAAACAUUCUUGUUCUUCAGCAGAACCUCAAAAAUGUCGAGGACGGAGUCGACCUGGCAAAAGCAACAAGCUACUUUCAGCUGUUUGAGAGGGGCCCAGAGGCUAUUGUCGAGAAGGCAAGGGAGUACAAGGAUAGGCACGGGAUGGGGACACUGGCGAUUGAUCUGAAUAGCUUCUCAUAUGACGAGCUCAAGACUUUGAUAGAGCUCUGCUAUAGCGAACAGAUGGCGAAUCCGGAGAGGGGCAUCACGUCGGCGGCCAGGAGGCAGCUGGAUGAAAAGUUUGCCAGGCUGAGCGAGUUUAAGUGGCAGUAA